GAAGAGUUCCUGGGUCAAGCGGUCACCUUCAUAAAACUGAAGACGGUGACUGGGAGUGGAGUGACGAUGAGAUGGACGAAAAAAGUGAAGAAGGGAAAGCUGCUUUUUCGCAAGAAAAGUCACGAAGAGUAAAAGAAGAAAAUCCAGAGAUCGCCGUGAACGCCAGCAGUAUCCCCGAGCAAAUACAGUCCCUCUCUGUGCACGACUCUCAGGGCCAACCCAACGCUAGUGAAGACUACAGAGAAGCUUCUUGUGCCGUGAACCUCGUUUUAAGAUUAAGAAACUCCAGAAAGGAACUUAAUGACAUACGAUUUGAGUUUACUCCAGGAAGAGAUACAGCAGAUGGUGUAUCUCAGGAGCUCUUCUCUGCUGGCUUGGUUGAUGGACAUGAUGUAGUUAUAGUGGCUGCUAAUUUACAGAAGAUUGUAGAUGAUCCCAAAGCUUUAAAAACACUGACAUUUAAGUUGGCUUCUGGCUGUGAUGGGUCGGAGAUUCCUGACGAAGUGAAGCUGAUUGGGUUUGCUCAACUGAGUGUCAGCUGAUGUAGGUCCCCUGCUGUCACCCCAUCUGUCGUGCCCCACCCCUGUCCCCUCAACUCUCCCUCUCCCUGCCCACUUCCUCCCACCCCCUCACUCCCAGUUCCCAGCAAAAUCAGAAGAUUGUGAAGAGGCCGGCUUCGACAAAAUGGGAUAAAAAAUAAUUUUCUAAAACUUACAA